CUAGCCCUAACUCAAUUGCAUAUCGUCAAUCUCUGCCUCCAUCGUCGAGAUCUCUUAAGCCAUGGCGUCAGAAAGCGAGACCUUUGCCUUUCAGGCUGAGAUCAAUCAACUCCUCAGUCUGAUCAUCAAUACUUUCUACUCUAACAAGGAGAUCUUCCUUCGUGAGCUAAUCAGUAAUGCUUCCGAUGCGCUGGACAAGAUCCGGUUCGAGAGUUUGACUGAUAAGAGCAAACUGGAGGCGCAGCCGGAGUUCUUCAUCCAUAUUAUCCCUGACAAGUCCAACAACACUCUUUCUAUCAUUGACAGUGGUAUCGGCAUGACUAAAUCUGAUCUAGUCAACAACCUUGGCACCAUCGCAAGGUCCGGAACCAAGGAGUUUAUGGAAGCGCUGGCUGCCGGUGCUGACGUCAGCAUGAUCGGCCAAUUUGGUGUUGGGUUUUACUCUGCUUAUCUGGUUGCGGAGAGGGUUGUGGUGACCACUAAGCAUAACGAUGAUGAGCAGUAUGUAUGGGAAUCGCAGGCUGGAGGGUCAUUCACAGUAACGAGGGAUACAUCUGGUGAGAAUCUUGGUCGUGGGACCAAGCUCACACUUUUCCUCAAGGAGGAUCAGCUGGAAUACCUUGAAGAGCGCCGCCUUAAAGACCUGAUCAAGAAGCAUUCUGAGUUUAUCAGCUAUCCCAUCUCUCUUUGGACUGAGAAGACCACUGAGAAAGAAAUUUCUGAUGAUGAGGAUGAGGAGGAGAAGAAAGACUCAGAGGAAGGUAAGGUUGAGGACAUUGAUGAAGAGAAGGAAGAGAAGGAAAAGAAAAAGAAGAAGAUCAAGGAAGUUUCCCAUGAGUGGUCCCUGGUUAACAAACAGAAGCCUAUAUGGAUGAGGAAACCGGAGGAGAUCACUAAGGAAGAGUACGCUGCAUUCUACAAGAGCCUCACCAAUGACUGGGAGGAACAUCUUGCUGUCAAACACUUCUCUGUAGAAGGCCAACUUGAGUUCAAGGCUGUGCUUUUUGUCCCCAAGAGAGCACCUUUUGAUCUUUUUGAUACCCGGAAGAAGCAAAACAACAUUAAGCUUUAUGUCCGCCGUGUUUUUAUCAUGGACAAUUGUGAGGAACUAAUCCCUGAGCACUUGAGCUUUAUAAAAGGUAUUGUUGACUCUGAGGACUUACCCUUAAACAUUUCUAGAGAAACGCUGCAACAGAACAAGAUCCUUAAGGUCAUACGCAAGAAUCUUGUCAAGAAGUGCAUUGAGCUGUUCUUUGAGAUUGCUGAGAACAAGGAGGAUUAUGAUAAGUUCUAUGAGGCUUUCUCGAAGAAUCUCAAGCUUGGCAUCCAUGAGGACUCUCAGAACAGGUCCAAGAUUGCUGAACUGCUUAGGUACCACUCUACUAAAAGUGGAGAUGAGUUGACCAGCCUUAAGGACUAUGUGACAAGGAUGAAGGAGGGUCAGAAUGAUAUCUAUUACAUUACUGGCGAGAGCAAGAAGGCUGUUGAAAAUUCCCCAUUCCUUGAGAAGCUGAAGAAGAAGGGCUAUGAAGUACUCUACAUGGUAGAUGCGAUUGAUGAGUAUGCUGUUGGCCAGUUAAAGGAGUUUGAAGGCAAGAAAUUAGUCUCGGCUACAAAAGAGGGAUUAAAGCUUGAUGAGACUGACGAUGAGAAGAAGAAGAAGGAAACUCAAAAGGAGAAGUUUCAGGGCCUGUGUACCGUCAUCAAGGAUGUGCUUGGUGACAAGGUGGAGAAGGUUGUUGUCUCUGAUCGUGUGGUGGACUCCCCUUGCGUCCUGGUCACCGGCGAGUAUGGUUGGACAGCCAACAUGGAGAGGAUCAUGAAGGCUCAGGCUCUUAGGGACUCGAGCAUGUCUGGCUACAUGUCCAGCAAGAAGACAAUGGAGAUCAACCCUGAGAAUCCUAUAAUGGAGGAACUAAGGAAAAGAGCUGAUGCAGACAAGAAUGACAAGUCUGUCAAGGACCUUGUGCUGCUCCUGUUUGAGACUGCCCUGCUCACCUCUGGCUUCAGCUUGGAUGAGCCCAACACCUUUGGCAAUAGGAUCCAUAGAAUGUUGAAGCUUGGUCUGAGUAUUGACGAGGAUGAAGCUCCUGGAGAUGGUGAUUCAGAGAUGCCGCCGCUGGAGGAAGAUGCAGAGGGGAGCAAGAUGGAGGAGGUUGACUAAUCGGCUGCAGUUCAGUUAAGUCGCAUGUCUUCAGGCUUUUUCUUUACCAGAUAGUAUGAAUUUUUAAGAUUUUUUAUCUUGUUUGCUUUUGAAGGAUUGAUAUGCUGAUAUUUGCGGUAGCAGCAUAUAAUUAACUAGCUGUACUUUCAAUUCUGUUCUUUAGAUUUCCCGUCAAAGUAUCCUGUACUCUCUUAUGUUGAAAUUUCAAGUGUUAAAUGCCUAUUUGGUACCUGUUUGGCUUUCGAAGUCCUGGGGUGUUUCUAAA